CUGUUGUUUACACAUGUGUCUGUUACACUGAGAAGCAAGAGGAGCCCAGAAAACUCAGAGGGAGUGAAAUUAGAUGAUGAAUCAAAACAUGAACAUUUCUGUUCAGAAGCAAGUGGAAGAGACAGAGGCUUUUGGGACCCAACCAAGACAACCUUAUGAAUUAGAGAGGGGUUGCCAACCAGGUGACCAUCUGUGUCAUUCAAAUCUUCCGUCUCAAAGUUUCUACCCAUAUUCACCUCAUUAUGCACAUAGGAAUAUGAAUUACAGCAGUGAUUGGGAAAUUUUUGAAGCAGUAAAAAUUCAGGAGCUGGAAGAAGUCAAAGCCAGAGCUGCCCAAAUGGAGAAGACCAUGCGUUGGUGGUCAGAUUGCACCGCUAACUGGAGGGAGAAAUGGAGCAAAGUCAGAGGAGAAAGAAACAAAGCACGAGAGGAAGCAAGACAACUGAGGAUCAAAUUGGACAAUGUCAUAAAAGAGCUAAGUAUGCUUAAAAAAAUAAAUCAGGAUUUAGUAAGUGAGAAGGAAAACUUAGAAAAUGGAACUGCUUGCAAAACAGAAUGCAGUUGCUCAGAAGURUCUUAUAUUAAAAAAGACCAAAACCUGUUAACAUUUCUGGAACCAGAACCUGUGARAGAACUGAGCAAAAUCAUCAGAAUUCCUGGGGCUGAAGACACAAAGAAGGAUGUGAACAAAGACCAAAGCAAUAAAAAAUUCACCCCAAAGCCUCCUGAUUUCUUCCCCAGUGGACUUUCCAGCAACUAUUUGGAGGAAUCUAAAAUAAAUUUGGACACUACAGCUAAGACAACAGAGAAUGAUUUAAUACAUGUAUCAGUCUUAAAUUUGCAUUUGGCUGAGAUGAAGAAAAUCUUACAGAAGGAAAGAGAGUAA